AUGACCAAAAGGCUACAGUCUGGACACUGUCCUGCACCGCCAGCAAACCAUGCCCCUUCACCGCCAUCACCACUCACAUGUAAAAAGGAUGCAGUCCCCAAUAUAAACCCACAAUCCCCCAAAAAGAUCCCCGUCACUUUGCCAACACAGCAGCGCAUUGAGAAAAGGGCCAAAAAAGAAAAGGGUCAGCUGAAUUCCCCCGUCCUUGGGCCGCCACGCAUACAGGGCGUGAGCUAUGCUAUGCCCCGGCCCAUGCCCUUCCUUCCAGAGCCUGCAUGGAACAACACGGAACUUGCUUCUGGAAAGAUAGCAAAUGUUCCACGCAUGUGGCCCCCUAUUGCCAGCUGGACUACGAUUACGGUAGACACGUGUGCACCCGCGGCAGAUGCAUCUCAAGUGCCGGAGAGAGAUGACUUGAAAGAGAGUUGGAGAUGCUGCAGUAGCAUCUGGGCUAUAUCAAGAGUACGAGCGAUACGGGAUGAGAACUAUUAUUAG